AUGGCGUCGUCCGAACGCGCGUCGUCGUCGACAGCGCGCGUCGCCCUCGCGCUCGCCGCGGGAGGCGUCGCGGCGUACGCGUACUAUCGACUCUCUCGCGCGCUCGCGGUCGCGCGCGCGCGCGACGAGGACCCGUCGAUCGCGGCGGACGUGAUGGACGCCGCGCGCGCGUCGACCGCGAGAGACCGCGAGACGUUCGCGUCGCAGAGCGAGGAGGAGACCGCGGAGAUGCGAAGACAGGCCGCGGUGCACAUGGCGCGUCUGCAAGCCGCGGGGAACAUGGGCCAGGACGGCGCGGGGGGGAUGAAGAACCUCACCGCGGAGGAGUGCGGCGGCGUCACGGACAGGUACCGGUGGAAGCAGACCGAGCGCGAGAUCGUCCUCGAGUUUCCCAUCCCGCGCGGCGUCACGUCCAAGCACGUGGACGUGCGCAUCGAGACGAAGACGCUCAAGGUCGCCAUCAGGCCGUGUCCGGCCGCGGAAAUAGCGACGGAGCGCGUCGUCAUCGCCGGGAGGCUCUUGCGCGACGUAGUCCCGGACGAGUGCGUCUGGGAGAUCGAAGCCGCGGACGACGGCGACGGCGGACGAAAAGUCGUCGUCACGCUCUUCAAGCUGCUCGCGACGAUGGCGAUGCAUCACUGGAACUGCGUCGUGAAGGGGGAGCCGACGAUCGACGUGAAGAAGUUUGGGCCCGCGAUCGUCGGGAUCAACGGGAACGACCCGAGCGCGUUGCAGCGGAUGAUGGAGGGGUUGCCGCCGCCGGGGAUGUGA